AUGAAUUUAUUCAAGAAGUCUGCAUGUUCAACUUGUAAUUCAUGCAAAUGUUGUUGUGAAAAAGAAGAAAUCAAAAUCACCGAGAGGACAUAUACUUACAAUGAAUUAGACACACUCUGUAGUAAUGAAGAACCCGCUACCUUUCCUUAUAUACCCACAGAACGCAUCGUGUUAAAUUCUUUCGAUAAUCCACCUUUGUAUUAUCAUCAGAUAGACAGCGAAUUUUAUGCAAAAAAUAUACUGUACGAAGUACCUCUCAUAAGUUAUUCACAAGGUCCCUUUUUCAAAAAAAUUUCUGAUUCAAAAGAUUAUAAGAAGUAUCAUUUGCCAACUAUCACUUAUGUGUCAGAUCCAGUGUACAUAAGAAGGCGACAAAAAUGUACCCUGUCGGAUAUUACCAAGUCGAUUUAUUCUGAUUCAUGCACGUGUAAAUGUAGCUAA